AAUCCAAGGAAAAAGAAGCUCCAGAACUCAGCGGUGACUGGCCAAUCAUCGGACACCUCCACUUACUUGGUGGUGGCGACAAACUUCUUUACCGUACACUAGGUUCAAUGGCAGACAAAUACGGUCCAGCAUUCAACAUUCGUUUAGGAGCCCAUCAUGCCUUGGUCGUCAGCAGUUGGGAAGUAGCCAAAGAAUGCUUCACCGUCAAUGAUUUAGCACUUGCUUCUAGGCCAAAAACAGCAGCCGUGAAGCACAUGUGCUACAACUAUGCAAUGUUUGGGAUGGGUCCGUACACACCCUAUUGGCGAGAAAUGAGAAAGAUCGCCACCCUUGAGCUCCUCUCCAACCGCCGCCUAGAGAUGCUGAAACACAUACGUUCCACGGAGAUUACUUGUGGAAUUAACGAGCUCUAUGGGCGAUGGAAAGAAAACUCACACCAGCCAGUGGUUGUGGAACUCAAUAAAUGGCUGGAACAUACGAUGUUAAACAUAAUUAUGAUGAUGGUGGCUGGAAAACGGUAUUUUGGUGUUGCAAGUGGAGGCGAUGAGGCUGCAAAGUGCCACGAAGCCAUUAUCGAUUUCUUUCGGUUGUGUGGUCUUUUCGUUGUGUCGGACGCAAUACCUUCUCUUGGUUGGUUGGAUCUACAAGGGUACGAAAAGCAGAUGAAAAAGACUGGAAAAGAUUUUGAUUUGGUGCUAGGAGGGUGGCUUGAAGAGCAUAGGCAAAAGAGGAAAUUAUGCUUAGAACGAAAUAAAGUAGAUGCAAAGGAUUUUAUAGAUGUGAUGUUGUCACUAGAAGAUGAAAAGCAACUUCCCAAUAUUGAGCAUGAUUCAGAUACUAUCAUCAAGUCCACGUGUUUGUCCAUGAUUCUAGGUGGUAGCGACACAACGGCUGUGACACUAACUUGGGCCAUAUCUUUAUUGUUAAACCAUCCUGAGGCACUAAAAAAGUUACAACAAGAACUAGACGACAAUGUAGGUAAAGAACGACAAGUUGAUGAAUCUGACAUCAAAAGCCUCGUGUUUCUUGAAGCUGUAAUAAAGGAAACUUUGCGUCUAUAUCCGGCGGGCCCGCUUCUAGCACCGAGGGAGGCAAGAGAAGAUUGUACGAUUGCGGGAUACAAUGUCAAAGCUGGAACUAGGUUAAUCAUUAAUGUUUGGAAGCUUCAAAGGGACGAGACUGUUUGGAGUGAUCCAUUUAGAUUUCAACCCGAAAGGUUUAUAGGCGUAGGCCAUGAACACAUCGAUGUGAGAGGCCAUCAGUUUGUCCUUGUGCCGUUUGGGUUAGGUCGACGUUCUUGCCCUGGGAUCUCGUUUGCGCUCCAAGUGCUACAUCUGACAUUGGCCCGUCUUGUUCAUUCUUUCGAUUUGGGUCAACCUGGAGAUCUUCCGGUCGAUAUGUCUGAAGGCCCUGGAAUGACUCUUCCAAAAAAGCAGCCGUUAGAGGUCCUCUUUACGCCACGACUUCCAUCUUCGAUUUAUGGUUGUUGAGCUAGAAAUCUAAUAUUAUGUUUGAUGUU